CGACGCCGCGACAAGGUCCUUUAAAAGGCUAUAUAUGGCAGGCCGCGCUGCACAUGGAUUUGGCGGUGCGCUAGCGUCGGGAUAGCAGGUGCUGGCGCAGAUACAGAGCGUCGCCGAUAUCGGGUUGCCGUCGGCAGAUAAGGCGUGCUUGAUUAAGCGGCUCGGAUCUUACGCGAUUCCUUUUAUCGGCGCUUUAUACUCGUCAUUGAAAUUUAUGGCCCGCGAAACGUCCAAUCACGCCUGCGCGGCCCGCUGCGUCUUCAAUGAAAUGAGCUUUUUCUUAUCGAUGCGUUUCGUCGUGUUUAUCCAUCUCCCUUAUCAUCUCUCACCUCAUUCCUUCCUGGAUUUUCCCGAAAAUUUUCCCGAAAAUUUUCCCGAAAAAGCAUAGACGGUAGACGAGGCACGUGCUCGCGCGCCGAGAUACUCACGCUCGGCCGAUUGCGCAACGACCAUAAAUUAGAGUCGCGAGCGCGGCGGCAAGAGCAACAAAGCGCGCAUCCUCGAUAUAGCCGAGCGCGGAUAGUGAUAAACGCUCCACGGGGAAUUCUUUUCUCUUUUUUCUCGCAGAACCGCGCGCAUUACCCUCCGUGGCGUCAGCGAAUAAAAGUAGGUGUCAUAAGUGACUUUUAACGAAUUAUCGGCUUUCCGCUCGAUCUACGGCUUUUUUGCCGCUAAUCGCAUAUACGGCGCGGCUCGAGUCGAUUGCUGUUUUUUUUUCUCUUCGAUCGCGGCGCAGCCCACACUUAUCGCUUUUUUCGAGUUAGCUUCGCGCCGAUCUCGAUAAUAUACGAACUCCGUUGGGAAUUUGAAUGGAUUUCAUUCUAUAUAUAUAUAUAUACUGCGCGACGGUGUAAACAUUCAAUCCUCGCGCAGUUACACUAUGACGAAACGGAAAUUUUUCCACUGCGUCGCGUCCACGGUUUGCGCAUGGUCCGCUUAUAUUUUUUCAGCUAGCGCGCGGAUCGCGUUCCCGGGAAAAAUUAAAAAUAAUCAUCCCGGCGCGCGGAAAUUAGUCGCAGAGAAAUAACGAGGCCCUCGCCCGUAGGUUUGAAAAAGAUGUCGCGACUCGAAUAACAAUGACAUAAUGAACUUUGAAAUCACUUCAUCAAAAUUAGCGACACAUUUAUAAAGGAUAAUCCGUUGUGAGUUGCGCAAUUACCGGCCCGCGGUGGCCACGGUAAAAAUGUGUAACGGAAGCGAACAAUAAACUUUAUCCCCUCGCAUGAUCGAGAGACUCCGCGAGAGCUCGUUAUAAGUAUAGGCAGCAAAUAUUUGCCUUAAUAAUUGUUCUGACGCGCAGAUACCGCCGCGCCGGCGCAGGUGGACACAUCCUGUUUGCCAUUUGCGCUCGUUAUAAUGUUUAGCGAGGAUUUUAGCGGACGCCUCUAUUGUUUUGUGCAUUAGCGCUGAUAAUUCGCUGAUCAAAUGACGGGCUUUCCGCUAUCGCUCGCCGCAUCUCUCUCUCACUCUCUCAAUCGGCGAUUCAUCGAUAUUUUUUCUCCUCCGCAUCAUCGGCCCCGCGUUUUCCUGUUUCCUGCCGGGGGAUUACUCUGAUUUGGGUUCUUGCGGUAUGCGAGAUGUAUUUUCGAGAGAUUUUUUCCCGUUGAAAAUUGCGAAUUUCAAUGACACAGUGCGUCGAGCGUCUUCGGAAAAAACGGUGUCGGCAAUUUGUCAGCGGCGAUUGUUUGCAUGACGCGCUGGCGUUUCUAAUGUGCCGAGGUUUGCUCUACGAGUGCUUUUACAAGUGUUUCAAUUUCAAUAUGACAGCGAUACAUGUUAUUUUUUUUUUUUUUUUUUAAUAAUUAGUUAUCCAAUUUUUCGCUCCAGCGAAAUACAGGAUGAAAUCCGGAAACAAUUAGUUGUGCGAGCCGAGGGUUUUUUCGUCUGUUUACUCAUAUAUCGACGAUGCGCGCGGUCUCGGCAAUGAAUUAUGCCGGCUCUAUGAUCGGUCGAAAAUAGCGCUGCGGAGUCGCCAAUCAGCGAAACGGCUCGAAUAAUGAAAUAAUCCGUGACACGAUGGAUUUAAUUGUCGUUCCGAGAAAACAGAGCGGGGCAUACCUAGUUAUUGCCAUCCGUGAUUCAUAAAUCCUUUGUGCCACUAGGUAUAUUCUUUCGGUUGCGUGCGUGUAAGCUGGAGUAAUAAAAAUUUUUCCAAAACCGAGCAAAUAUAGCGGCUCGACGCGCGUAUUUAUACUUGGUUUAAGUAGAACGAGUCGGCUGCGAUAAGAGGCCGUCCAGAUUAGUUUCCAUCAGCAGAGAUUUCCCUCACUCGCCGUUAAAUCCGAAAGCUGCUCGGCGAGUGACAUCGUCUCUGCUAUACAGCCGCCUAAAUUUUCCGCUCGAGAGAGAGAGGAGAGAUGGAGAAAAAGUCAUGGCGAUCGGUCGGCUUAUCUACCGCCGGUCAUCUUGGAAAGGCUCGCAUUGUCCGCAUAGUCGAGAAGCGACUUUUCGCCGUCUCGGACACACACGCAGCGCGCGAGAAGGUUUUACGCACACGCGGACCGACCGAGUCGCGCAGCCGGUUAUUAUGCAUGUGCGCGGCGCUGAUACGGGCCGAAGGUAAUUCGUACUAUUGUUAUGAUCGCGAGUGGUGCGCGCGCGCGUGUGGGUAGCUAGCGGUAUACAUACCAAGACUCGCCGCGGCGGCCCGACCGAUCGCUCAGUCCUGCUGCGGAGUCGAGAGCGCCAACUCUCCUGUCGCGCCUUUUCCGCCCCGAGCUCGAGGGACAGCCGACAGGGACUUGCAUAGGCUGCGCAUCAUCGGUCAUCGUCGCCGGCGACUCGCGAGGAUGAUGCCGACUGCGAGGAGGCCGCGAGUCGAGCGGCCCUAGGCUGCUCGGACCCGGGCGCAACUCGAAGAGGAGGCCAGGACUUUUCUUCCUUCGCCGCGCUGCCGCCGCCGCCGGUUACAUAAAAAAUUCAUCCGCGUGACGCAACGCUCGCGAAAUCGAGGAGAGGAAGAGUGCGUUUCUGAUAAAGCUCGGCAACGAUGCUGCGGGCCGCGAAGAAGAACCGGCGAUCCCUCGACGACGACUACGACGACGCAGGAGACGCGACGAUCGCCGACUCUGUGUGUGCGUGCGCGUGGGCGUCUGCGCGCGCGUCUGCAGAUAAUAAAGAUAUCCAGGGGGUCUAGUUCGACGAGAACCGAGCGGAGCAAACACGCGCACGGGGCGUUGCACCUGCUUGCGGCGAUAACUGGCGGAUCAACAGGUGCGGGGACUGCCUCGAGAUGAGCAACAACAGCAACAACGGCAGCAGCGCUCAGCUCGACGGCGCCGAGCCGUCGGAGAAAGCGGGCAAGCGGCCGAGCGCCAAGUCGCUCAACUCGAAGGUGGCCUCCGUCGAGGAUUUGCUGCCGAGCCGGUCCAGCAAGUCCACGCAGAUCGACGCCUCCGCUUGGAGGUUUCAAACGCGAACCCGGCCCACGUCGAUGGGCCAGCUCUCGCGUCACAGCCAGUUCAGCGAGCUGAGCUACGCGAACUACAACAGCAGCGGCGGCGGCGGCGGCGGCGGCAGCCCGAGCUACAGCUUCUCCACUACGCAGAGCGAGAUGGUGCUGGCGCCUCCGCCGUCGCGUCAGCGCCUUCCCAACAACCAGCCGAGCCGCUACACGGCCCUCGACAUGCCGAGGGUGCUGCCUUCGGGCGUAUCCGCCUCCGGGGGCAACUGCUGCUGCAGCUGCGCCUGCAAGGCCGGCGGACCGAACCUGGGGCCCAGCACCGCCCACACGAGCCCGGAGAACCAGGACGGACCCGAGGGCCUGUCCUGGAGGAGGCUGCACAUGAGCAGGGCCAAACUCAAGGCCACUGCCACGACGUCCGAGCUGCUCAGCGGUUUUGCCAUGGUGGCCAUGGUGGAGCUCCAAAUAAACGAGCCGACGGCUGUGCCCGAGUGGCUCUUCGUCAUGUUCGCCGUCUGCACGACGGUCCUGGUCUCCGUCCACAUCUUCGCCCUGAUGAUAAGCACGUACCUGCUGCCGAACGUCGAGGCGAUCAGCAAAUUGCAAGUGUCCCGGUUGGUGACCGAGUCGCCGCACGAGCGGAUGCGCGGCUUCAUCGAGCUCGCCUGGGCCUUCUCCACUGUCCUCGGACUCUUCCUCUUCCUCGUCGAGGUCGCCAUACUCUGCUGGGUCAAGUUCUGGGACUACUCGUUCACAGCUGCCACCGCCAGCACCGUCAUCGUCAUUCCCGUUCUCAUAGUCUUCAUCGCGUUCGCGGUGCACUUCUACCACUCGCUCGUCGUCUACAAGUGCGAGGCCUCGGUCAGCGACAUGAAGGAGCUCGAGAAUAUCAAGAGGAACCUGGAUAACGCGUCCUUGGGACACAGCAGGGUGUGAGAGACUUUCGGCAUACCUGUACAGUGUCCGGCGCCGUUGAGUGUGCUCUGUCGACAUUAUUUUGUAUAACGUUUCUUUUUAUAAUGAAAGUGCAACGAAGGUAUGUAGGUUUUUUACCGAACGCUUUCUGCACGUGUGACACGAAUUUACAGAUAAAAUGCCAAGUGUAUACUUAAGGCUAGAACGUGGCCGUUAUGUAUCGCGAAAAAGAGACUUUGUUCCUUUUACUCUGCCGAUGCUUCCAGUCACCAAGUGACAUGUUGGUGUCACACGCAAAACAAUCGUAAUAAAGAAUUCCAACGAGACUCGGCCUGUUCAAAAUUAGUAACGAUUAGCUGACACAAUUUUAAUGACUAUAUUCGGAUCUAUUCAGCACACACCCCAACGUUCAAGACCAAUUAUAAGGAUUCUCAUAUGUUCAAAAAACUUCAAGCAUAAUAAUAUGACUUUGCUGUAGUCGCGGGAAAUUGAUGAAUAACGAAAGCGUCGCUAUUCCACGAGAGGAAAAUAAAAACGAUGCUUUUACAAUUUCUAUAAGUACUGAGAAACUCUUUGAUAAACAUAUCGUGCGUUGGUCGCUAUUUUUAAUUAUGACUCUUGAACUAUAAUGGAUAUCUAAUUAUAGGCUUGAUCAAAUAGCUUCUAAGAGCAAUGUUACUCGAAAGCGCUAGAACAUAGAAAUAAAAAUUGGUUAACAUGAUUGUGUUCAAGUACUUAUGAGCAAGAUUCAAUCUUGAAAAAAAAACUCAAUUCAUACUUGCAUUUCUCUUCGCCGUGUUUCUCUAUAACAUCUGAAGAAGGAAAGUCAUAUUUUCGAUUUCAUAAUAUUGUAAAGACUUAUAACUUGUAAAAUAUAUCGAAGAAUCAGCUUUAAAUACAAGUGUACAUUCAACACAUAUAAAUUGUAUAAUAUAGUAUGAGAAAUUUGAAUAACUAUUUAAAUGAAGAAAGUCUCGACAA